AAACCCCGUAUCUAAGUGCGGAUUCGAAAUCGUUUUUCGUUUGAAGAUCCGGAACUGAAACACUCUUCGGAAAUUUAAACAUACACAAUCAAUCAUCUUAGCCGUGAUCUAGCACGUUAACCAAUCAUAUGUACGAUUACAUUUCUCAUUUGACCGAAGUUAUUCUAGUCCGUGGCUUUCCUCUGAUCUUUUUAGUUCGGCUCGUCAUUAUCUCUUAAUUCCUGAGCGUAAUUUUAAAUGUUUGAAGCCGUAAAUGCCCAGUUAUUUGAUAAUGAAAUAAUGCAAAAAUAUGCAAGUUCAACUGUAUUGAUUAAAAUGAAUAUGUUCUGGAAGAAAUUAUUGGUCCAGUUUAAAUAAGUUUUAUGGAUAAAAUAUGGUGAAGCAAGUAAAUUGUAGAAACAAACCUAAACAUGUACCGUCUUCGAAACAGUAAGAUGAGAUGCAACAGAAAUUUAAAUUUUAAAACAUUUCUCUCACAUCUGCGUGGAAAGGAAGCUAUGAAAAAUGACAUUACUCACAGCUAAUAAGCCUAGUGAGCAAAACAGUCGACCAAGACGGCUGAUAUUAAAUAAGUGUAAUAAAUGCUCACUCCUCAAGAGUAUUUACUUUCUGAAAAUCUGAAUGUUAUGAAUGGAGAAAACUCAUUUGAUUAGUAUAUACACUGGAAAUACCUGUUGAUAUAAAAUUUCAGCAAUAUAUAGUCAAGGGCAUAUGUAGGUGAACUGUUCGCGAGCAAGUGAAUUUCAUAAAGCAUAAAAAAUGGAAACAUUACAAAUUAUACUUUUAUAUAAAAAGAUUUGCUAUGAAGUCUGAUUUUAAUAGGCAUUUAAUAACUCACAUGAAAGAAAAAUUGCAAUGCAGUAAACCAUUUUCAGAUUAAAGCAUUUUGGAGUGAAAUUUAUAUGCAUUUAUCAAAGAGAAAUUGUAUGUCAGCAUGAUGUGUAGUGAAGCGUCUCCUCAUCAGGCAAGUUUAAAGAAACAUUUACUGGCCCAUACGAAAGAGAGACCUUAUAUUUGUGAAACCUGCAAUCGCGCGUUUACUCUGAAGGAAAAUUUAAAGAGGCAUUAUACCACUCAUACAAAUGAAAGACCGUAUACUUGUGAUAUAUGUUCUAAGACAUUUUCUAGUCGAGCCAAUUUAAGGAGUCAUUUAUUGACGCAUACGAGAGAGAAACCGUAUCCGUGCGAGUUGUGCAAUAAAGCAUUUUCCAAGGUGUCACAUUUAAAGAGACAUUCACUGGUCCACACGAAAGAGAAACCUUAUAUUUGUCACAUCUGUGAUUGCGCGUACACUCGGAAUGCACAUUUAAAGAGGCAUUUAGCUACUCAUACGAAGGAGAGACCGUAUAUAUGUGAUACAUGUUGCAAGACAUUUUUUGAUCCGUGCGGUUUAAGGAAACAUUUACUGACACAUACAAAAGAAAGAUCAUAUAUUUGUAACACCUGCAAUCGCUCAUUUGCACAGAAUGGAAAUUUAAAGCGCCAUUUAUUGAUUCAUACGAAGGAGAGACCGUAUGUUUGUGAUAUAUGUUCCAAGACAUUUUCUGAUCAGAGCACUUUAAGGUAUCAUUUAAUGACGCAUACGAAAGAGAAACCAUAUUCCUGCGAUUUAUGCGGUAAAGCUUUUGCCCAGAUGUCAGUUUUAAAAAAACAUUUACGUACGCAUACGAACGAGAGACCUUAUUUUUGUGACACCUGUAACUGUUCGUUUACUCAGAAUGGACAUUUAAAGAAGCAUUUAUUGACGCAUACGUAAAAGAAACAGAAGUUCGUGAUAUCUUUAAUAAAGUAUUUUUCUCAUUGA